UGAGUAUCAAGAGCAAUGAAGUGCUCGAAUUGGGUGUCCAAUAUCAAAAUUUCUCAAACGUCCACUGCUCAGGAACUCUCUGCUACCCCACCUGUCAGCUUCCUCGUCCGUUCAUCCUCCGAUUCCACCGAACUCCCAAUCUGCGCCGCCGCCAUGCGCCUCGGCCGCCGGGCGAUCUUCCCCCUCGUCCGCACCAUCUCCACCACGUCGGCCGCGCCUCCGCCGCCGGCGGUGCUGAGUGUCGGCCACGCGCUGCGCGAGCGGCGGCGCUUCACGGAGGCGGACGUGGCGGCGUACGCGGCGGUCAGCGGCGACCGCAACCCGGUGCACCUCGACGACGCCGUAGCCCGGGAGCUGUGCGGUUUCCAGCGUGGCCGCGUCGUGCACGGGAUGCUCGUGGCCUCCCUCUUCCCUUCCAUCAUCGCCGCCAGCUUCCCUGGCGCGGUGUACGCGAGCCAGACCCUCAAGUUUGCGGCGCCUGUGUACGUCGGAGAUGAGGUGGUCGCUCGCGUUCAGGCACUCCACAUCAAGGCCAUGACGACAGCGAACAGCAGCACGGCAAACCGAUACGUCGUCAAGUUCGCAACCAAAUGCUUCACAGAUGAAGAGGGGGGCUCUCUGGCGAUCGAAGGGGAAGCCAUGGCUGUUGUACCCACACUGGAGCUCAGCUCUUAGUCAACUACCAAGUAGUAGUAAAAAGGAAACCAAGGAACUGGCCGAGGCCUAUCUUUAAUUUAUCAAAACCCUUGCCACAACAGUCUACUUCCCCUAGGAUGUAUAUGCACUGGGUCCCCAGCUAUAGUGAUCUUGGAUUUUCAACUAAACCCCAAAAGGUUGUUUUCUCAAACAUUUCGAAAUAAUGCUAAUAUUCUUGUUGUGACAGCUAAUGUCAUUCUUUCAACCUUAUCCAUGGUUCGCUGCUUGAGCAGAAUCUUGCCUGCACCAAAUUCUAGUCCACUUUAGUCUUCUAGUAGAUCACUAAGUAUUAGGUACAUUUUGUAUGCCAGAAGCAGAGUCAAGCAUGCCUGGACCAA